GCGCGCAGACUGGUCGUGAAAGUUCGCGUUCCUUGAAAGAGUUUUCGUUCACGUCAGACUUGUUUAUUCCAACAGAGACAGCUGGAAUGACGCUGUAUUCCUCACUCAUUUUGAUUUAAACUCGCACCUCUUAACUGAUAACAGAAAAUGUAAUAAACGCUUAAGAAUUCAAAGAUUUAUUAACCACCUUAAUCCACUGUGGGUGCUUGCUUACUCCAUUGAGUAGUCCUCAAAAUGGCGUUGUGUACAGAUUCCAAGGCCCCACUGAGGUCUGUCAAGCGAGUUCAGUUCGGAAUUUUGUCUCCAGAUGAAAUUCGUCGAAUGUCUGUUACUGAAGGGGGCAUCCGCUUUCCCGAAACAAUGGAGGGUGGACGUCCCAAACUCGGGGGGCUGAUGGAUCCCAGACAAGGUGUCAUUGACAGGAUGUCUAGAUGUCAGACUUGUGCUGGAAACAUGACAGAAUGCCCUGGACAUUUUGGCCAUAUUGACCUAGCCAAACCUGUCUUCCAUGUUGGUUUUGUAACAAAAACCAUAAAGAUUCUACGCUGUGUUUGCUUCUACUGCUCAAAGCUGUUGGUUAGCCCAAGCCAUCCCAAAAUCAAAGAAAUCGUAAUGAAGACUAAAGGACAACCGCGGAAACGACUAACUUUCGUCUAUGACCUGUGUAAAGGAAAGAACAUUUGUGAAGGAGGUGAUGAAAUGGACAUUAACAAAGAUAAUCCGGACGACCCAAAUAAUCAGCAGCCGCGUAAGCAAGGCCACGGUGGCUGUGGUCGUUACCAGCCGAACCUUCGUCGUACUGGUCUGGACGUCACAGCCGAGUGGAAACACGCCAACGAAGACUCUCAGGAGAAGAAGAUCUCUCUGAGUGCUGAGCGAGUGUGGGAGAUAUUGAAACACAUUGUGGACGAGGAAUGUUUCAUCCUCGGUAUGGACCCCAAGUUUGCCCGACCUGACUGGAUGAUAGUCACCGUUCUGCCAGUGCCUCCUCUAGCUGUGAGGCCUGCAGUUGUCAUGUACGGAUCUGCAAGAAAUCAGGAUGAUUUGACUCACAAACUGUCAGAUAUCAUAAAAUGCAACAAUGAGCUCCAAAGAAACGAGCAAGCUGGUGCAGCGACACAUGUAAUUGCGGAAAACAUAAAAAUGUUGCAGUUCCAUGUGGCAACACUGGUCGACAACGACAUGCCUGGUCUGCCGAGAGCUAUGCAAAAGUCAGGCAAACCUCUGAAAGCAAUAAAGGCUCGCUUGAAGGGCAAGGAAGGUCGGAUAAGAGGUAACUUGAUGGGGAAACGAGUGGAUUUCUCCGCUCGGACUGUCAUCACUCCAGACCCUAACCUGCGAAUUGACCAGGUCGGCGUCCCUCGCUCCAUAGCACAGAACAUGACAUUUCCAGAGAUAGUCACACCCUUCAACAUUGACAAAAUGUUGGAGCUGGUGCGUAGAGGCAACUCUCAGUACCCCGGAGCCAAGUACAUCGUGAGAGACAACGGAGAGAGGAUUGACCUGAGGUUCCAUCCGAAGCCGUCGGACCUCCAUCUGCAAUGUGGCUACAAGGUGGAAAGGCACGUCAGAGAUGGAGACCUGGUCAUCUUCAACCGACAACCCACGCUGCACAAGAUGUCCAUGAUGGGGCACCGAGUCAAGGUGCUGCCAUGGUCCACAUUCCGGAUGAACUUGAGUUGCACGUCACCGUACAACGCAGACUUUGACGGAGACGAGAUGAACCUGCACGUCCCGCAGAGUAUGGAGACUCGCGCAGAGGUGGAGAACAUCCAUGUGACUCCCAGACAGAUCAUCACACCUCAGGCCAACAAACCUGUCAUGGGUAUUGUGCAGGACACGCUCACGGCUGUCAGGAAAAUGACCAAACGAGACGUUUUCUUGGAGAAGGAACAAAUGAUGAACAUUUUAAUGCAUCUUCCAAUUUGGGAUGGUAAAAUGCCACAGCCCUGCAUCCUGAAACCCAAACCCCUAUGGACUGGCAAGCAAGUGUUCUCGCUGAUCAUCCCUGGUAAUGUCAACAUGAUCCGGACUCACGCCACACAUCCGGACGAUGAAGACAACGGGCCGUACAAGUGGAUCUCUCCAGGAGACACAAAGGUAAUGGUAGAGCAUGGUGAGCUGAUCAUGGGCAUCUUGUGUAAGAAGACACUUGGUACAUCAGCUGGAUCUCUUCUGCAUAUUUGUUUCCUUGAACUCGGGCAUGAAGUGUGCGGCAGAUUUUACGGAAACAUUCAGACUGUUGUUAACAAUUGGUUGCUGUUGGAAGGUCACUCCAUCGGUAUUGGUGACACCAUUGCUGAUCCCCAGACAUAUACUGAGAUCCAGAAAGCCAUCAGGAAGGCCAAGGAGGACGUGAUAGAGGUGAUUCAGAAAGCCCACAGUAUGGACUUGGAGCCUACCCCUGGUAACACACUCAGGCAGACCUUCGAGAACCAGGUAAACAGAAUUUUGAACGAUGCUCGUGACAAAACUGGAGGUUCAGCUAAGAAAUCGCUGACAGAAUACAACAACCUCAAGGCUAUGGUGGUGUCAGGAUCCAAGGGUUCCAAUAUUAACAUCUCUCAGGUUAUCGCUUGUGUGGGUCAACAAAACGUAGAAGGAAAGCGAAUUCCAUUUGGUUUCCGUAAACGGACACUGCCCCACUUCAUCAAGGAUGAUUACGGUCCUGAGUCUAGAGGAUUCGUGGAGAACUCUUACCUUGCCGGACUGACUCCUUCUGAGUUCUUCUUUCACGCCAUGGGAGGUCGUGAGGGUCUUAUUGAUACUGCUGUCAAAACUGCUGAAACUGGUUAUAUCCAGCGGCGGCUGAUCAAGGCUAUGGAGUCUGUCAUGGUCCACUACGACGGCACAGUGCGUAACUCUGUCGGACAGCUGAUCCAGUUGCGUUACGGAGAGGAUGGUCUCUGCGGAGAGACUGUGGAGUUUCAGAAGAUUGCCUCCGUCGACUUGUCCAACUCAAAGUUUGAGAACAUGUUCAAGUUUGAUGCUUCAAAUGAGAGAUACUUGCGAAAGAUCUUCACUGAAGAUGUGCUGAGAGACCUGCUUGGGUCCGGAGAGGUGAUAUCUGAGCUGGAGAAGGAGUGGGAGCAGCUCUGUCGGGACAGGGAGGCUCUACGACAGAUCUUCCCCAGUGGAGAGAGUAAAGUAGUGCUGCCAUGCAACCUCAAGAGGAUGAUCUGGAAUGUACAGAAGAUCUUCCACAUCAACAAACGAGCACCUACAGACCUCAGUCCGCUCAGAGUCAUACAGGGUGUGAAGGACUUGCUCCAGAAAUGUAUUAUUGUGGCUGGAGAGGACCAGCUGAGCAAGCAAGCCAAUGAGAAUGCAACGUUGUUGUUCCAGUGCCUUGUGCGAUCUACCCUCUGUACCAAACUUGUCUCAGAGAAAUUCCGCUUAUCCACUGAAGCCUUUGAAUGGUUGACUGGUGAAAUCGAGAACAGAUUCCAACAAGCACAGUGUCAGCCUGGAGAGAUGGUGGGGGCCUUAGCUGCGCAGAGUUUGGGAGAGCCUGCCACUCAGAUGACGCUCAACACUUUCCAUUUUGCUGGUGUAUCGUCCAAGAACGUAACACUUGGUGUGCCUCGUCUAAAGGAAAUCAUCAACAUCAGUAAGAAGCCCAAGGCUCCCUCCCUGACAGUGUUCCUGACAGGAGCUGCUGCACGAGAUGCGGAGAAGGCCAAGAAUGUUCUAUGCAGACUGGAACACACUACUCUGAAAAAGGCAAGAGCGAAUACUGCCAUCUACUACGACCCAGACCCUCAAAACACAGUGAUACCGGAGGACCAAGAAUUUGUCAAUGUCUACUAUGAAAUGCCCGACUUUGACCCUACACGCAUUUCACCGUGGCUACUCCGUAUUGAGCUUGACCGCAAGAGGAUGACUGACAAGAAACUGACAAUGGAACAAAUUUCAGAAAAAAUCAAUGCGGGAUUCGGAGACGACUUGAACUGUAUUUUCAACGAUGACAAUGCAGAAAAAUUAGUGCUGCGGAUCCGUAUUAUGAACAGUGACGAUAACAAGAUGGCCGACGAAGAAGAAACCUUAGACAAGAUGGAGGAUGACAUGUUCCUCCGGUGUAUCGAGGCUAACAUGCUGUCUGACAUGACAUUGCAGGGUAUAGAGGCUAUCAGCAAGGUGUACAUGCACUUGCCACAAACUGACUCCAAGAAGCGCAUCAUCGUGACGGAGAGUGGGGAGUUCAAGGCCAUCGCUGACUGGCUGCUGGAAACUGACGGGACCAGCCUGAUGAAGGUGCUGAGCGAACGAGAUGUCGACCCAGUGAGGACCUUCUCCAACGACAUCUGCGAGAUAUUCUCGGUCUUGGGUAUUGAAGCUGUGCGAAAGUCAGUAGAGAAGGAGAUGAACACUGUGCUACAGUUCUACGGGCUGUACGUAAACUACCGACACUUGGCUCUGUUGUGUGACGUAAUGACUGCCAAAGGUCAUCUCAUGGCCAUCACACGUCACGGCAUCAACAGACAGGACACCGGGGCACUCAUGAGAUGUUCAUUCGAGGAGACAGUGGAUGUGUUGAUGGACGCUGCAUCUCACGCUGAGGUUGACCCCAUGAGGGGAGUGUCGGAGAACAUCAUUAUGGGUCAGCUGCCCAGGAUGGGAACUGGUUGUUUUGACCUCCUACUGGACGCGGAGAAGUGCAAGGCUGGUAUAGAGAUACCCAUGAACAUGGGCAUGGGUAUGAUGGGUGGAGCUGGUAUGUUCUUUGGCAGUGCUGCCACACCCUCCAUGAGUCCUCAGAUGACACCCUGGGUCCAGGGCAGUACACCCGCCUACCCUGGCAGCGGCAGCGCUUGGUCCCCAAUUGGCAGUGGUAUGACUCCUGGAGGUCCCAACUUCUCUCCGUCAGGGUCCAGUGAUGCCAGCGGGCUGUCCCCUGGCUACAGUCCAGGGUGGAGUCCCCAGCCAGGCAGCCCAGGGUCUCCAGGUCCCUCUAUGUCUCCUUACAGGGUCUCUCCCUCUGGAGCUGCUUCACCCUCAUACUCUCCACACAGCAACAUCUACGCUCCUGCGUCACCCAGCCUCACACCAACGUCGCCCAACUACUCCCCGACCUCACCCUCCUACUCGCCUACUUCACCCAACUACUCACCGACGUCUCCUUCAUAUUCACCUACUUCUCCGAGUUACUCACCGACGUCACCGUCGUAUUCGCCGACUUCUCCUUCAUACUCGCCCACAUCUCCGAGUUACUCGCCAACGUCUCCCAGUUAUUCUCCAACAUCCCCCAGCUACUCACCGACUUCACCCUCAUACUCUCCUACUUCUCCAUCGUACAGUCCUACUUCACCAUCUUAUAGUCCGACUUCUCCGUCCUAUUCGCCGACCAGCCCUUCAUAUUCGCCGACAUCACCGAGUUACUCCCCGACUUCCCCUAGUUAUUCACCAAGUUCGCCCAACUAUACGCCGGCUUCACCGUCCUAUUCUCCGACGAGUCCAUCUUACUCUCCGUCAUCUCCUCAGUAUUCACCUGCCAGUCCUUCUUAUUCUCCCUCAUCUCCAAAGUACUCCCCGACAUCUCCUUCAUACUCUCCAACUUCCCCCAGUUAUGCUGCGUCCAGUCCUCAGUACACACCAGCCUCUCCUCAGUAUUCCCCCACCUCACCUACAUACUCACCUACCUCUCCCUCAUAUUCACCUACUUCUCCCUCUUACUCUCCUAGCUCACCCAAGCAUACUCCUGGGUCUUCAACAUAUUCUCCAACAACACCCAAAUACUCUCCCACCUCCCCCACAUACUCUCCGACCAGUGCUCAGUAUUCUCCUACCAGCUCCAAGUACUCUCCCACCAGUCCCACCUACACCCCUACCUCCCCCACCUACAGCCCCACCUCUCCCACUUACUCCCCGGCUGUUCCUGGGUAUUCACCCACUUCUCCCAUUUACUCUCCUACAUCUCCCCACUACGAGCCUCAAGAUGACUAAUUACCUAGUCAAAUGUUGUUAAAACUAUUUAAUAGCUUUUUUUUAUAAUGUUCUGUUAGCAUUGGGUUUAAACACUCUUAGCAGGAGUGAUUUUUCUAUGUAUAAGAUUUGUAAAUAUUGAAUGCCUGUGAGUUUUUAUAAAUGUGAGAAACUUUUGUUUAUUUAUACAAUAAAUGUUGGAAGCAACAAUAUUAUUUUUGUAAAAACUCAUUAAAAGCUACUAAGCUAGGUACAAAGAUGGAGUUUUAAAAAGGAAAAAAAAUCGAAACCAAAAAAGUCUUGUUUCAUAAAUCAUGUUACCUUAUUUUUUGAAUUUGUGAUGCUUAUCAUCACUAUAUUUUAAAUCAUGAUGUCUCACAUAAAAACUGACAUUUUGUAUACAUUUUCCAGUUUUGGUUUAGGUUUAGAACUAAAGGAGAUUGUACUGUUAAUAUAUUUAUGUAUUUUAAUAAUAUUGUCAAUAAAUCCAUCAUCAAUUGGAA